GCCGAACGAGAAGUUGGGAUAUCGCCAGUCUUUUAAUAAAGCCAGUGCAGCGUGUAUUGAAAUAUCCACUAUUAUUGCAACAAAUUUUAUCCCUUACAAAACCUUCACAUCCAGAUUAUGAGUAUCUUAAAUUUUCUUUUUCAGAAAUUACAAAAGUUGCAGAACGUAUUAAUGAAAUAAAGAGGCGCAAAGAUAUAGUUGAAAAAAUUGUGGGCAGUAAAAAAAAGUCAGAUGCAGAUAUAAAGCAUGCUACUGGUAUUGCAAAACCUACUGAAGAUGAACUCUAUAAAGCUUAUAUGACCAAAUUUAAAACUUUAGAGCAAACAGGGAUCCAAUUAUCUAAAGCUGUGAAAAGUUGGGUAAAGCAUGUUAAAAAUCAGCAACGCUUUGCAGCUGCAAUCGAGGACUUUUAUAUAUUUGGAGUUGCUUCUAAUAAAAAUUCGGAUGAUUGCAUAAGAAUUGUAGAAUAUGUAAAAGCCAUCAGAAGUUUGUCAAUAUCAUGUGGGAAAGAAAUGGUAACGUUCCCGCAGUUAGGUUUAAGAGAAAAUAAUAGUAGCCUAAAA